AAUCUCAGAAAAACAGACGGGCAGGUUUACAGCCCGCUAUGUUUUGGGUCCUUUUACGUUAAACAGAGCGAAUACAAACGAGUACAGUUAAAACAACCUGUCUGUCGCGGUAUUUCUAACUAAUUUAUAGCAUUAGUUUUGUUUUCGUGACGCAAAAGGCGCAUAGUUUAUGUCUAUGUUGUUGUAAAUUACCUUGGCGAUGUUUUAUCUUAAAGUUUUAGACAUCAACGCAGUAAAAUGAGGCUAGCGGAACUUGGUAGCCUUCGCUAUCUGUUUUGACCAACGUAUCUAACAGUUAUCAAAUUUUCAAUUAAAGACAUGGAUGUUUAUCCCGGAGUCACCGACAGUGAUCCAACAAAACUACAGGAACGACAUUACUACCUGCUAUCUGAACUGCAAACAUUAGUCAAAGACUUACCAAGCUCCUUCCAGCAGCGCUUGACCUACAACACGCUCAGCGAUCUAGCUUUAACCCUCAUUGAUGGGACAGUAUAUGAGAUUGUGCAGGGCCUCCUUGAUAUUCAGCAUCUGACAGAAAAAAAUCUGUACAACCAAAGGCUGAAGCUGCACUGUGAACAUCAAGCACUCAAACAAGAUCUGAUCCGAAAACACAAGGAGGCAUUACAGUCAUGCAAGUCGCACAACCUUGCACUUCUCAAGUCAACCCAGCAAACUGAGGUUGAGGCUUUGGAAGUUCGAGUUCGUGAGGAGCAAAAGAUGAUGGAUAAGAAGAUUGUAGCAGAAAUGGAUCAAAAAGUGACUGACCAGCAGAACACCUUGGAGAAGGCAGGAGUUCCUGGGUUUUACAUCACCACUAAUCCUCAGGAGCUGACGAUGCAGAUGAACCUGCUUGAACUGAUUCUCAAGCUUCAACAGAAGGAUUCACAGGCUGGACUGCUAUGAGAAAGAUUACAGGGGCGUUGCUGUGCCACGAGAGACAAUAUUUUCAAUUUUUUCAUAGACAUAAGAUCAAAAAGAGCUGAAUGUGGCCAACAUUGAUCUCACACCCCUGAAAGAAAGACGUGGGGCAUGAAGGAGGGCAGUGAAACACAUUGACAGGUUUAAAGCCUGUUCACAGUUAUGAAAUGAGAAAAGUGGUCCCAGUUUCAGUCAAUGUACUGUAAACUUUGCCAGUUAUUUAUUUUUGUGACUUUAAGGCCAAGGGACAGUUUUGUUAAACAUGUUUGUUUAUCUCUUGUUGCCAUUUUGAAAAAUCAGUACAGUAGUGAAUUUUUUGCACUAUUGCACAUGUUAAAAUACUUGCUUUAUAGGUCACGUUCCGUGUGCACAUAAGGUUUGAUAUGUUAUUAGUUUUCGGUCGGGCCAUAUUGAGUUUAUUGUUAAAAUGACACGUGAUUUGGCUUCAGUUGUUAGUGAAAUUCUGUUUUUAAUUAUUUUUCUGAGUUAUGUUAAUCAAUUGAAACUGUGACAAAUAAGUCUUUGGGUUAAAGAACACCCUGAACAAAAACGGGGGCCCACCUUUUAAAAGCCAGAUGUUGCAUGAAGCCACGAAUAACACAUUGGAAUGAGUGAGUGUGUGGAGAGAUUUAAAGAUCUACACCAUUUCGCAUAGCCCGAGUUUUUCUAAAGUAGCCUAAUUACCCAGAUUCAUUUGCAACAGCUGUUUUCAUCUACUCAAUACAUUAUGUUAAAAACAGCAGGUCUCUGCUGUGGUUUUGGUUGGGCGAAACCAAAAGAGCUCAGUCAGGACCUACGGCUACGUAGUGUGGCUGCUCACAGCUCGCCAAAGGGCUACGAGGUCAUUUCCAAAGGUCAACAAGUUACAAUGGGCACAGUUCAGUGGUAUUAAAAAAAUACAUUCCAUACCUGAUCUUGGGCAACAUGAGGUGUAUCAGCAUGACCGUGACCUAAAUACACAGCUAUAGUGAUCAAUUCUUAGAGAAUCUGUGGAAGAAGCUAAAAAGGUGAUGGCAAAGAAAUGUUCCUGGUCAGCAAUUAUAAGAAUUGUUUGGUUGCUGUACUGCCAAUAAAGGCUUUUUCACAGAUUAUUGAGAAGGGCAUUAAUAAUUUGGGACAUUACAUUUUUUUUUGUUCAAAUGUAAAUAAAAAUAAAUGUUUUUUUAAGUAAAAUGAAA